AUGGCAGUCCACGACGCUCUGCCUUUGUCUGGUAUUCACGUGCUGGAGCUGUCCAUCGCCAUUGCCGCACCAUCAGCGGGUCAGGUACUGGGUGACUACGGCGCCGAUGUAAUCAAGGUGGAACCUCCGGGCGGCGACACCCAGCGACACAUGGUCAGCGGGCUUGGAAAGUCCAGUGUGGAUCCGUACCAGCACUCAGCGCAUUUCUACGCGGUCAACCGCGGCAAGAGAUCCAUAAUCUUGAACCUGAAGACCAAGGCUGGGCUGCUUGCCCUGCACGCGCUGCUGGAGAAAUCGGACGUCUUCAUCUCCAACUAUCGAUACGAGUCGCUGCAGAAGUUGGGCCUGGAUUCAGAGAGCUUGCAGGCUCGACACCCCCGGCUUGUCAUUUGCCCGAUGACUGGAUGGGGUUUUGAUGGCCCUGCAGCCAAUCAGCCUGUGUAUGAUGUCUCUGGAUUCUGGGCCCGGUCUGGUGCUGCCGCUUCACACACUGACGCCGAGGGCUACCCGGCCGUGCUGGCCCCGGGGUUUGGCGACAUGGCAACUGGCCUUGCUGCGGUGGGAGGCAUCUGUGCUGCCCUUUUGGCAAGGGAGAAGACGGGCAAGGGCAUGGCACUAAGUACCAGCCUGCUGCGCACGGGUGUGCACUGCAACUCCUGGGCGCUGAGUUCGUACUUCGCGUUCGGCCGCGUGAUCAAGUGGGGGCGCCGCGAUGGCACUGGCAAUCCUCUGGCUACAGUGUACCGCUGCAAGGAUGGCAAAGCUUUCUGGCUAACUGGCUUUGAGGCUGACCGGCAUUGGCCAAACACUGCCCGCGCCGUGGGCCAGUCCGGCUGGCUUCAGGACCAGCGCUUCUCGACGGCCAAGGCGAGACGAGCAAACCAGGGACAGCUCGUGGCAGAGUUGGACCGGGUCUUCGCCACCAAGACGCGGGACGAGUGGGCCGUGUUGUUCGACGCCGAAGGGGUGUGGUGGGCUCCCGUCUUGACUGCAGCAGAAGUGGCUGCCGACCCUCAGGCGCUUGCAGCGGGAUCCUUCAUUGAGACUCCGCUCUCAUCGAAGGCAAAGGCGGCAGGGAGGACAAAGGUUACGAUGGCGGCCUCGCCUGUUGAUUUCCUGAAUGCGCCGAAGACGGGGCCGAGACGCCCUACCCCUGAGCUUGGGGAACAGACGGAGGAGAUCAUCAACGAACUGAGUCUGGACGACGUGACUCGCGCAGAACUUUUGGCUGAAGUGCCGCUGGUCACGAGCUGUACAGCUGUACAAAGCGCCAUUCUGUUGAAGGUCACCCACACAACUUCACCCCUCUGCGACCUGUCCGGACUGGCAGUGCGGGAUGUGGCGUGGGAGUCACGCUUCGACCUCAUGGAGAGACGGAUAGAGCCCAGAUAUGCUGCCGAACCUGUGGGAACUCCACGCCGAGAGCUCCAGGACGGACUUGUGCGUGGCAUUCGUGUGCGCCCGGUCCAAAAUCCCUUCGUGAGGUUGAAGCCUGCCAUGAAGUAUCGCCUGAACACUUGGCAGUCUCGGAAUUGGAAGGAAUGGUCGCCCAACCUUUGCAACGUCCGUGGAAGUCGGCGAAGGUAUCGGGUUCCACAGGACAUUGCGCCCUACAAAGAUGAGCUGGGUGAGUGGCAUCCCCCGCGCGUGUCUGGCAGAUACAAGGCUGAUAUUGAGAAGCAGUACUACCUCAACAGCCUUCCCUGGGUGUGGGCAAAUGACUACUACCAGGGGAAGCUGCACUACAUGGAUAGAGAACCUCACGGCUUGAAGCGCUGGUACCGAAAGGAGUACCGGAAGGCCCAAGUUCUUGAGGCCCUGAAGCGCGCCGAUGAGAUGAUCGAAGACUACCGCAAGGAGAGAAGACAGGGAAAGCGCCUGUCCUGGGUUGAGACCAUCGUGAAAGAGUUUGCGGGCGACCAGUUGGCCGCCCCGUACGUUCGGUCACAGAAGAAGCCGAAGAUGUGA